AAUACAGACUACUACACAACUGGGUUAUGGCCACACAUGCAGUCAGCCCAUGCACCUUACAAGUGGGACUACUGGCCUCAUGAGGAUGUUCGUGCAGAAUGUAGAUUUGUUGGCCUGACUAACCUUGGAGCUACUUGUUACUUGGCUUCCACUAUUCAGCAACUUUAUAUGAUUCCUGAGGCAAGACAGGCUGUCUUCACUGCUAAGUAUUCAGAAGAUAUGAAGCACAAAACCACUCUUUUGGAGCUUCAGAAAAUGUUUACAUAUUUAAUGGAGAGUGAAUGUAAAGCAUAUAAUCCUAGACCUUUCUGUAAAACGUAUACAAUGGAUAAACAGCCUCUUAAUACUGGGGAGCAGAAAGAUAUGACAGAGUUUUUUACUGAUCUGAUUACUAAAAUUGAAGAAAGAUCUCCAGAUGGUUAGUGCCAGCAUACUGAAGAG